UCAGGACACCUCGUGAACUAAAGUGUUCACACGUUACAACAUGGCAGCUGCUCCAAUGAGUACGUGGAGCUGUUUGACAAAGGAGAGUUUCUAUACAUGGAUACUUCUUUAUGUGCUCUCAAUCGUUACUAUAGAAACAGCCGCUGCUGCUCCAGAGAAGGGAUUCUGGAAAAUUACCGCUUUAAGUACCUCAAGACCGCUGCUGUUAAGGAAGUCCAUGUUCAAAGACACUAACAUUGAAUUGAAAGUCGUGUCAUUUGGCUGCCCCGAGGAGGUAACAUUCACCAUUCAAUGGUAUUUGAAAUACUACCCAUGCCACAAUGAUUUCAAUAAUAUUGAUGAAAUAUAUGAGCGAACGCCGCUGAGUCGCGGGCAGAGCCUUGAUCCAAAUCCCCUUAUAAAAGGAGAGUACAUCGAGCACCAACACAAACCUAUAACGUGUAACAGUGAUGUGCGCUCCUUUCCAAUGUUUAAAAAAGCCAAGGCAGAGCCACGAGCUGUCAGUCCACCUGUUGAGGGAAAAGAGUUGGAUGAAAACGACAUCAGAUGGAUUACUGAAGAGUUCGACAGUGGCACAGUGGCAAAUAGCAGCACAGUGGUCAAAAACAAAGACAAUGUCAUAGCCUCCACAUGGAAGGAUGGGCCUUACCUACUUGUGGUGAAGAUUGUGUCCAGUAAACAAGAUGCUAACUGGAACUUAACUUUCAAUGUGGUGAUGAAAGGCCGGCGUGGCUACAUUUCCAUCACAGAAUACCCUCUCAUGAUUUUCUACAUGGUGAUGUGCGUGGUGUACAUCCUGUUUGCCCUGUUGUGGUUCAUUUGGGCUGCCUGCUACUGGAAAGAUAUACUGAGGAUCCAGUUUUGGAUCGCAGGGGUCAUAUUCCUGGGGAUGGUGGAGAAGGCGGUCUUUUGCGCUGAAUAUGAAAACACCAACAUGGUUGGCUCUGCCUCUCCAGGCCUGCUGAUUUUUGCCGAGCUGGUCUCGGCCCUCAAGAGAACGAUAGCCCGCUUGCUCGUCAUCAUCGUCAGCCUCGGCUAUGGCAUUGUAAAGCCUCGAUUGGGGACAGUAAUGCACCGAGUGAUUGGUCUCGGUGUUCUCUACUUUAUCUUUGCUGCCAUUGAAGGCGUACUGAGGAUAACUGGGGCAAAAGACUCUGACUUGGCCCUGCUAGCCAACAUUCCCUUGGCUCUGCUUGACUCCUCUCUAUGCUGGUGGAUAUUUGUCAGCCUGGCUCAAACCAUCAAGACUCUCAAGCUGAGAAAAAACCCAGUGAAGUUGUCCCUCUACAGGCACUUCACCAACACACUCAUAUUUGCAGUCAUCGCUUCCAUCAUUUUCAUGGGUUGGACAGCAAAGAAAUUCCGUCUUGCCGAUUGCCAGUUAGAUUGGAUUGAGCUGUGGGUGGAAGAUGCUUUCUGGAGGUUUUUGUUCUCCCUCAUUCUACUUGUCAUAAUGUUCCUAUGGAGACCGUCUGCAAACAACCAAAGGUACGCCUUCACACCUCUCAUUGACGACUCCGAUGAUGAGGAAAUCGAGGAAUUUAUUGCCUCUGCAAACAUCGCCGGCAUUAAACUGAGAGCCACAAAAAAUGAGACAAAUGGUUUCGUGAAAUCACAGGACACAAACAUGGAAGAAGACUUGAAGUGGGUGGAGGAAAACAUUGCAAGCUCUCUCACUGAUGUAGCUCUGCCGGUCUUGCUUGACUCAGAUGAGGAAAUCAUGACGACCAAGUACGAGAUGUCCAAGCUGGAAUGAGGAAAAACAUUUGAAGCUCUCAGCUUGGAAGAUGAGCAGCUCGUCGUGACUCUGCGGCUGUCUUUAGUGCAGAAUGACACCUUAUUGCAGGUGCCAAGCCAUUGGGGCGCUUGACUAUUGCCCUUUUUUUUCUCCCCCUCAACAACUGGUUUCUCUCUACACGACAGAAUCAGUUUGAGCCUUUCUUUCCAAAGAGAUGACAUUAUUUAAUAUUACGUGUUGUAUUUAUUUGCAUAAUGUCGACAAGAGUUUUUUUUUUUUUUUUUUUUU